CCAGUGAAAUCCAUCAGGGGCAGUCUACAGGAUCAUUGUGUCUGUGCGCCCAUAAACUACAGUGGAGAGACCUGCUGCUCUAGCUGUGUUGUUACGGUGGAUCGGAUCUGGUGUUUUUACAGGGUUAUUCCUGCACUUGAAACGCAUGGAGUAGAGUAAAAAGCUUCAACCCCGCAUAAUCAUGAAAUGCCACUGGGUUGUUUUUGUCUCACAUUUUGUUUUGCUGCCACUAACAGUUAGGUGCCAGCCAGUCAUCUCCCCCAACGGGCCUUACAUAGUAGUUCCCAAGACGGGAAAGCUGGAGCUGCGUUGCCGGGACAAUGCCACGACGUCUGGUGCCCUGUCCAAGUUGAGGUGGCAGUGGGAGAGGGCUCGCAGGCUGGAGGGAGAGGUGGAGGAGGGUGGAGUGGCUUAUGUCAAGGUGGCAGCAGCGCAGGCCUACCACAUGGGUCGUUAUGUGUGUGUCAACAACAGCACACAGGAACACAGCUCCAUCUAUGUAUAUGUGAAAGACCCCCAGAAUGUGUUCCAGCGCACCAUGGUGAACAACAUCCUGGUGCGUUCAGGUGAGAACUGCACCAUCCCCUGUCUUGUGACAGACCCAGAUGUCACCCUCGUGGCAUUGGAGAGCUGCGAUGGACAACCUUUGCCCUCCAGUAUGAGUUACCACAGCAACCUCCAGCGAGGUGUCAUCAUCAGCAAUGUGAGAAAGGAAUAUGAUGGCUGUUUCGUAUGCGUGGGACAGCUCGCUGGAGUCAAAGUGAAGUCGAGCCAAUACACUGUGGAUGUACGACUUGUGCCGGAGGUUCCUCCAGUGAUCACACUGUCCCGGAAAGACCCCGUUAUUCUGAGGAAAGGAGAGCAGUUUGAGAUUACCUGUAGCUCUGUCAACAUCAACCCAGACUUUAGUGUCAAGUGGAAUUUCCCUUCAACAGCGCAUCCUGAUAAAUCCCAAACCUCCCACAUCCUGUCCGGUGCCCGCGGUUACCAGCGUGCCACCUCACUCUUGAUCACAGCUGUCAACCAAUCAGACUCGGGCACUUACCGCUGCCACGCUCAGAACGAGAGAGGCACCAGUGCCACAGCAGUGCAGCUUGAUGUCCGAGAUCAGGGGUUCAUCACCAUUUUAGGCCCCCCAGGUCCAGUCCAGGCUGAUGUUAAAGAGGGGGAGAGCCUGGGCCUCAGAGUAGAAUUUGAUGCCUAUCCUGCACCCAGCUCCAUGUUCUGGUCUUACAACGGCAUACAGAUCCUCAACACCACAGAGCACGUUAUCACCAUCCACCGCCACAAAUACAGACUCAUCAGCAAGCUCAGACUAGUGAGGGUCCUCAGCUCGGAGGGCGGGAUCUAUAAGUUCUCAGCCAGCCACGAGGAUGCAUCUGAGGAGCAUUCAUUCCACAUCUACGUCAUCAGCAAGCCGGUUAUCAUCGCCCAGGAAGGCCCUGUUGAUGGACAGGUGCGGUGCAUUGCUGCUGGUUACCCGGUCCCUAAAAUAAGCUGGUACUUCUGUGAGCUGCCCCACACGAGGUGCUCACACCUGCCCAACGCCACCCAAUGGGAGACUACGGAUGUUUCCAUGGUGACAGAGUCUACCUUCGGUAGGAGCGAGGUAGUGAGCCGACUGAAUGUGAGCAAGGAGCACGCACACUAUCACACCCUGGAGUGUGUAGCGAGUACGGUGGGGGAAGAGGCCUACACGCUGUUCUCCAUCAGUGAACGCAUCGUCCCCCAUAGACUCUUCACUCCUCUUCUAACUGGCAUGGUGGCCACUGGGGUCUUCCUCUGCCUCACUCUAGUGGUGCUGCUCUAUAAAUACAUGCAGAAACCAAAGUUCCAAAUCCAGUGGAAGGUCAUUGAGAGCAUCCAUGGCAACAACUACAUAUAUAUUGACCCCACCCAGCUGCCAUAUGACUCCAAAUGGGAGUUUCCUCGACAGAAACUACGUUUCGGUAAAACGUUGGGCUCUGGGGCUUUUGGAAAGGUAGUUAGGGCCACAGCAUAUGGACUCUGCUCUGCAGAUACCAUUACAACUGUCGCUGUUAAGAUGCUCAAACCCAACGCUCAUGCUACGGAGAAGGAGGCACUGAUGUCAGAGCUGAAGGUGCUCAGUUACCUUGGAAACCACGUGAACAUUGUUAACCUGCUGGGGGCCUGCACUGUCGGAGGCCCAAUUUUGGUGAUCACAGAGUACUGUUGCUAUGGCGACCUCCUCAACUUCCUGCGCAGAAAAAGAGAGUCCUUUUUAAACUCCCAAGUUGGUGAUGGUUACCAUCGCAACGUCUCGAACCAAACAGAGCCUACAACAAGCAGAGAGGUGACUCGUCCAGGGUAUGUGCCCAUGCUUCCCUCUGAGAAAGAAAGGUCUUCCCAGUCAGCUGAUGUAGAGGAGCUGUCUCUGGACACCGAAGAUCUCCUCAGCUUUUCCUACCAGGUGGCCAAAGGAAUGGAAUACAUUACUUCCAAGAACUGUAUCCACAGGGAUCUUGCAGCCAGAAACAUUCUGCUGACUCACGGCAGGGUGGCGAAGAUCUGUGACUUUGGGUUGGCACGAGACAUCACCACUGACGCCAGCUAUGUGCUCCGGGGCAACGCUCGUCUGCCAGUCAAGUGGAUGUCUCCUGAGAGCAUUUUUGACUGUGUCUACACGUUUGAGAGUGACGUGUGGUCCUACGGCAUCCUGCUCUGGGAAAUCUUCUCUCUGGGUAACAGCCCGUAUCCCGGGAUGCAAGUGGGCUCAGUAUUUUAUAGGAUGAUUCAAGAUGGCCACAGGAUGAGCAGGCCCGAGUUUGCUCCCAUUGAGAUGUAUGACAUGAUGUUGUCUUGUUGGAACCAAGACCCUUUGAAAAGGCCUUCCUUCCGGAAACUGGUGGAGAGGACUGAGCUAAUGCUGUCAGAAAAUACCAGGAAUGUCUACCUGACACUGAGCAACGCUCCAGGUCAUCCAGAGCAUCAGAGGACGCCGUCACGGAGGCUCAGCUCAGUCUGCAGCACGACAGCCCCCACCCAGCCUUUACUGCAAAGCACGGCUGACGUCUUCCUGGACUAUGUCUGACACACACACACACACACACACACACACACACACACACACACACACACACACACACACACACACAAAAAGUAUGCACACCCUCUGCUAUAUAAUAUACAACCCCCCCUACCUCCCUGAUCAUUCUCUCCUUUUACCACACACACUUCAAGAGCCAAAUACACUCUGUAGACUACUAACAACACAUUCACUUAAACUAACUCUCAAACGCUGGCCUUCCUGCAUCUCACACACACACACACACACACACACACACACACACACACACAACACACACACACACACACACACACACACACAUUCUGUAUAUAUACGACCCUGCACUGGGCUCUCAGUAUUGGCCUCUAUCUAAUCUCCCUAUUGGCGUAUUGAUGUCUGCAGUAGGUAUUUCAGGUGUACGUCUAUAUAAAGCAGACUCCAGCACUAACCGCCCAUCAGAUACAACAUCCCCCAUCAGCACCGGGAGGAGUUUUGGCUCACAUUCAGCCUUAAGGCCCUGACACACCAACCCAAUUAUCAGCCGUCGGACAGUCUGGCGAGGUCAGUGGUUCGGUGUGUUCCGUGCUGUCGUCAGUCGGAGGAGGAGCCGUCGGCCUUCAUUUGGGCCGAUUUGACAUGUUGAAUCGGAAGGCGGGCAGUCGGACUCAAUGACCAAUUUGAUUGGUGGAGUGCUAACCUGGAAAUGAUGAGCGGGAUGAGCAUGAUUAGAGUCUCAAAAUCGGAUGAAAAUCUUUUAAACUGACCUUUGUCGAUCUGAAAUAAAGACAGAUUCAGCAACUGCAUGGCCUAUUUCUCGCUGAAAAUAUUUUCAGAAACACGUUUCGGUGAACUAUUUUAGUACAAUAUGAGAUUGCAUUCCGAACGAGUCGCCAUGAUGGCCUGGCUUUGAAAUUCCAGAGUAGCCAGACCCAAGCAUAGACAGUAUAUAAUGGACCAACCGACCCCGUGUCUCUGGACGGAGACCAGUGAAGGAUAUUAGCAGCAUUUUUCUG